GUUGGCUAGUUUUAUUUUAAAUAGGGACGUUGUGUCCAUUGUGUAGAUCGAUUUCUGUUUUCCAAAUAGACGUGAUGAUGAUAAGUAACGCUGCCUUGUCAGGUAUUGUUUAUUUUCUACUUUUGUGUUUUGUGAAUAUUGUUCACACAAAGCAGCCACAUAUUUUAUUUGUGCUUGCGGACGACUACGGAUAUAAUGACAUUGGUUAUCAUGGAUCGGAAAUCAAGACCCCAAACCUCGAUAAGCUGUCUGCUGAGGGUGUUAGACUGGAAAAUUACUAUGUACAGCCUAUAUGUACACCUACUAGGAGUCAACUUAUGUCCGGGAGAUAUCAGAUCCACACCGGUUUGCAACACAGCGUAAUCUUUGCACCCCAGCCCAAUGCCUUGCCAAGGGACAGCCCCAUUCUGCCAGACAAGAUGAGGGAGGCUGGAUACUCCACACACGCUGUAGGAAAAUGGCACCUGGGUUUCUACAAGGAGGAAUACCUCCCCAACAACAGAGGUUUUGACACGUUUUAUGGAUAUUUGGCCGGAAUGGAGGAUUACUAUAACAAAUCUAGAUGUAUUGGUCCAAAGUUUUGCGGCAAAGAUUUACGAGAUAACCUCAAACCUGCUGAGCCGAACCCCAAUGAAUAUUCCACAGAGAUGUAUAGCAGACGUGCCAUAGACAUUGUGAGCAACUACAACUCUUCUAAACCCAUGUUUCUGUACCUAGCACUCCAAGCUGUCCACGAACCAUUAGAAGUCCCUGCGAGGUACAAAGAAAAGUAUGCUCACAUAAGAAACAGUGACAGGCGUACAUAUGCAGGAAUGGUUGCUGCCAUGGACGAGGCUAUCGGGAACAUUACAGCAGCAUUCCAGGCCAAAGGAAUGUGGGAUGAUACCAUCAUGGUUUUUUCCACAGACAAUGGAGGGGAGAUAUAUGCAGGAGGCAACAACUGGCCGCUGAGGGGCUGGAAGGCAUCUCUUUGGGAGGGAGGAAUGCACGGAGUAGGAUUUGUGCACGGAAAAUCUCUACAGAAAAAAGGGAGUGUGUCCACUGAACUCAUACAUGUGACAGACUGGUACCCGACACUGGUAGGACUGGCAGGGGGCUCCCUUAACGGCACCAAACCUCUCGAUGGAUUUGAUCAGUGGAAAACAAUUAGUGAAGGAGCUAAGAGUCCCAGAGACACACUUUUACACAACAUAGAUCCCCUGACCAAGCCUGUGGGAGAUAAACUGGAGGGGAGUCCGUUUGACAACCGUUACAGGGCCGCUCUUAGGGUAGGAGACUGGAAGGUGAUCACCGGAAACCCUGGCGAUGGAAGAUGGAUUCCAGAGCCCACUGCUGAGAUCAUCAACAUGAAUGUCUACACUGGCGAACCGAAAAAGAACGUAUGGCUGUUCAAUAUUGCCAAGGAUCCAGUGGAAAGAGUUGACCUGUCAGAAGAUUAUCCCGAUAGGGUGAUGAAGAUGCUGUCAAUGCUGCAGCAGCUGAAUGAGACAGCUGUACCUUGUGUUUAUCCUCCCGUAGAUCCUAACUCAAACCCUGAACUACAUGGGGGCUGGUGGGGGCCGUGGGAAAAGUAGGUUGUAAAAUAUUCCGGAGGGUAUAGGAGAAUUCAAUGGUUUACUUAUACUUUACAUAUUUUUUGCUGUGAUGUGCUAUGGUAGUGAUAUAAAGAGCUUCCAUUCAGCUGUGAGUAUUGAACUUGAACAUUUUAAAUUUUGUAAGAAAAUUUUAUAUGUAAGUUUAUUUAGCAAAAUAACUGUAUUUACGACGUGCAGGGUCGUUUAGCAUUACAAUAGAAAGGCGUUGAAAAAUGAUACAAUAUUGGCUAAAAAUAGUAUGCAAUUCAACGAACGAUCUUGUUAAGUCAAUUUAUAACACUUUGAAUCAAAACUAAAACUGAAAUAUUCCACAUAAAAUUGGGCUAGUGUGAUAAAAUAACUUUUGUUAAUUAAUGGUUUUGGAUCUGUUUGCCUUUAUUCAUUCAUUCCAAAUUUUAUUAUAAGAAUAGUUUGCCCUUAAUUGGAAAAUAUUUGGCUGUACGAGAGAGAGCAAGAUUUUAUGUUAAUUUUUCCAAGAGUUUCGAAUGUAGACAAUCUUUAGACCAUGUCAACGUAAACAGAUUCCGCAUAACCUUAACAAAAUAUAUAGUUUCUUCUCAAUGCUGGCGUGUUAGAAGUUGGCCGUUGCAACAGUCUUAAACCUUUUCAGUAUGAGAGUCAUUCAUGCAAUGUUGUGGGGUCAUUGAGGAUGAGAACAAUUUCCUAGUGGAAUGAACUAUGUGCUCAAACACACACUCUAAGACGUUUAUACACUAGAGAAGGUAUUAUAAUCACCAAGAUAGGCCAAAGUUUAGUAAAAUUAAGUUCGUCUACGAACAAGACAAACGUUUCCCGGUCUACAUUUUAAUCAGAAGUAACGUCCACCCUGAUGUCGUGAAAUCUGCAUCUAAGUUUGCAUUGUCAAUGUUUAUCUUUUUUACAUUAUUAUGUUGAUGUAAUUCCCUGUUUCACUACAUAGAUGUUUGCAUAUGCAAUAUAUGUUUGGCCCAAGAACAUGCAUGUCUGAAUAAUGGAGAUUUAUACAACUUUUACUAUAGAAAACUUAGAAAAGGAAACUUUUUAAUAAAAAGGCGUCUCUUUUUACAGCUAUCUGUUCAAUGGUAUUUACCAUUGGCUUUAUGUAUUACACGCUAUAUGUUAUUGUCCAUACAUGGCUGUAACUAUAAACUAUAUUAGUAAUAUCUUCAUUACAUCCAUUGCUAUGGAAUUAUGCAAGUAAACUAUACUGUCAUUAAAUUUAACAAUAACUUCGUAAUAUGUGCUAGCUCAGUGGUAAUAGUUUUGUUGUUGACUCCUUACCCGCAAUGACAGACGAACAGGUCUGUAAAACAAUAACUUUAAGGUGUUUAGAAGACAAAACAUGAUAUGGAUAUUUUGUCUUUGUAUGAAGAAAAUAAAACCCUUUAUAGUUUAUUGAUUGACUCUAUAACAUUGGGGAGGAUAAUUGCUUGUCCUAAUUUGAAGAUGUACUUUAUUUUGCUUGUUAUAACACAUAUAUUUACUUGAUGUUUCAUGCUCAUGUUAUAUCUGAGGGAAGGCAUUUACUACACUUUCUAUUCUGUGGGA